UAGAAGCAAGAUGGCGCUGUCCUUAGAAGGGUUUUUGUGAGGUAGUGACAGCUUGUCUCGGACCGUAGAAGUUGGAAGGUAGCCAUGCCGAGGUACUACGAAGACAAGGAGGAGGAUACGCAGCCGUGUGCUGGAGUCAAGGAGGAUCUCAAGGAAUGUCUGCUGAAAAGUGCCUGCGUGCUGCAGGAAGGAAAGACCCCUAAGCAGUGUCUGAAAGAAGGCCAUUGUAAACCUCUGCAGGUCACCUUUUUUGAGUGCAAAAGAUCGAUUCUGGACAACAGAUCAAGAUUUAGAGGCAGGAAAGGAUACUGAACAGCAGAAGAAUGCACUUUUCUGAACUUUAAUGCAUCUGGGAAAAAGGAGGAGAGAGAAUGCAUCUGUUUCUCCAACAGACCUGUCAGUGCUGAUGAGCCACUAACGAUACCAUCCUGUUAUAAAACCCAGGGUCAAAAUAUCUCUUAUUCCACAGUCAGACAUUACUGACAUGGUUUCAAACACCCCCUAUCGAUUCGAUGUUACGCCUGUAACCUUGUCAGUGACUGCCUUCCGUAAUAUCUUUUAACUGUUUGGACUAUUGUUAAACAUGCCAUAAAAAUGAGGGUGUAUAAUAUUUUUGUGUAUUGAAAAUGAUUUCUAUUGCUAUUCUGCCAGAACUGUACAAUUCCAGUGAAUAACUUAUGUAAGGAUAAAGUGAGAGUAAUGUUAUUUGCAUUAAUGCAUUUUGAUGUCACACAUAUUGUGUGACAAUACCUUCAGAUCCUGAAAUAACAUUAAAACACGCUCUUCAAGAACAAAUGCAGUUUAUUAAAUAAAAGGCAAGAAAGGAGCAUA